AUAAAAAGGAACAAAUAAAGACAAGUGCUCUAUCAGAGCCAAAUCACUGAGCCUGUCACCUGUGUUCCAGGAGCCAAACCAGAAAUGUCCUCCUCAGGCAAGCCUGAACUACCUGUCCCACUCACCAACUUGAAGAUUCAAUAUACUAAGAUCUUCAUAAAUAAUGAAUGGCAUAAUUCUGUGAGUGGCAAGACAUUUCCAGUUAUUAAUCCUGCAACUGAGGAGAAAAUAUGUGAGGUGGAAGAAGGAGAUAAGGAAGAUAUUGACAAAGCAGUGAAGGCCGCAAGACAGGCUUUUCAGAUCGGCUCUCCAUGGCGUACUAUGGAUGCUUCGGAGAGGGGAAACCUAAUAAACAAGUUGGCUGAUUUAAUCGAAAGGGACCGUCUUCUGCUGGCGGUGAACACUGGAGUCAAUGAUGGUGGAAAACUAUUUUCCAAUGCAUAUCUGAUGGAUUUAGAGGGCUGCAUAAAAACAUUACGCUACUGUGCAGGCUGGCUGACAAGAUCCAGGGGCGUACAUACCAGUUGGCGACAGAGAUGGAAACUUUUUACUUAUACAAGACAUGAACCUAUUGGCGUAUGUGGUCAAAUUAUACCUUGGAAUUUCCCGUUGGUUAUGCUCAUUUGGAAGAUAGGGCCUGCCCUUAGCUGUGGAAACACUGUGGUCCUCAAACCAGCAGAGCAAACUCCUCUCACUGCUGCUUCAUGUGGCAUCUUUAAUAAAAGAGGCAGGGUUCCCCCUGGAGUGGUGAAUAUUGUCCCUGGUUAUGGGCCUACCGCGGGAGCAGCUAUUUCUUCCCACAUGGACGUAGAUAAAGUGGCCUUCACAGGGUCUACAGAGGUUGGCAAAAUGAUAAAAAAAGCUGCUGGGGAAAGCAACCUGAAGAGGGUAACCCUGGAGCUCGGUGGAAAGAGCCCCUGCAUUGUGUUUGCUGAUGCCGACUUGGACAAUGCUGUCGAAUUUGCACACCAGGGAGUGUUCUACCACCAGGGUCAAUGUUGUAUAGCUGCAUCCAGGCUUUUUGUGGAAGAAUCCAUUUAUGAUGAGUUUCUUCGAAGGAGCAUUGAACGGGCUAAGAAGUAUGUUCUUGGAAAUCCUCUAACCCCAGGAGUAAAUCAAGGCCCUCAGAUUGACAAGGAACAAUAUAAUAAAAUACUUGACCUCAUUGAGAGUGGGAAGAAAGAAGGAGCCAAGCUGGAAUGUGGAGGUGGCCCAUGGGGGAAUAAAGGCUACUUUAUCCAGCCCACAGUUUUCUCUAAUGUCACAGAUGAGAUGCGCAUUGCCAAAGAAGAGAUAUUUGGACCAGUACAACAAAUCAUGAAGUUUAAAUCUUUAGAUGACGUGAUUAAGAGAGCAAACAACACUCUCUAUGGCCUAUCAGCAGGAAUCUUUACCAAAGACCUUGAUAAAGCCAUAACUGUCUCCUCUGCUCUGCAAUCUGGGACCGUGUGGGUGAAUUGCUAUAGUGUGGUAUCAGCCCAGUGCCCCUUUGGUGGAUUCAAGAUGUCUGGAAAUGGAAGAGAACUGGGAGAAUAUGGCUUCCAUGAAUACACAGAGGUCAAGACUGUCACAAUGAAAAUUUCUCAGAAGAACUCAUAAAGAAAACUGCAAGUGUAGAGAGAAGAAUCUUCGAUGGUUAAGCAUCUCCUGUAGUCGCUACUAUAUCACAGUGGGUUUUACAUCCAAAUUAUUCUUUUCUUGAUUAUUAAAAAUAAGCUGAUCACAUUAGCAUUAAUAUCACAUGUAGAAAUCUUGAUGUGUAGCUUAUGGUGAAUCAUUUGCCUUCUGAUGUUUGCCACCAAGUCCUAUCCUGAGUAAAAUGGAGGAGUUUAGAUGCAGGAUCUCUCCAACUCUGUAAUAGUCAUACUCCUUCCUUUGUGGCUACUUGUUGAGGAUAAUCAUUUUCUAGAAGAGGACCAGUUGCCAUUUAGCUUCUUUCCCUUAAGGAUUUGUUGGAGAACUUAUACAUGUUAACUGCUAAGCAGGUGUGCUGUGUUCCCAGUAAUUGUGAAAUUGUCAUUGUCUCUUGAAAUAUUUCCUAGAAUGCCUUGUCUGUCAAAAGAAGUAAUGUCUGAAACACUUAGCUGUAAUCUGAAUAUAACUUCAAUAAAAACAACCUUGCAUGAUUC